AUGAAAGACCGCAUUCGAAGAAUUCACGAAAGCUCUAAGUAUCUCCAAUAUCUUAGAGAUAUGGAUGCGCAACCAUCUUCUAUGCUGGUUAAUGCAGUUUCCCUACACAGUGAAAGAUGUUUAAGUGGAGUGUUCAUGGACGAUAGUCUGGUGGGAAUGGAUACUAAAGAAAUUGUUGAUUGGCUGACCAAGGAUGACCCUCGAAUCAUUGAUGUCACAGGGAUGGGAGGUCUGGGCAAAAGUUUGCUGCUGAAACUCGUGUUCGAUACCCAGAAGAUCAAAGAAACUUUUGACCAUCAGAUUUGGGUGGAAGUAUCCCAAAGCUUCUCAGUUCAGCAGCUAGUCCAGCAUAUAGCCUCGGAGGUAAAACUCCUAAAAAACAAAAGGAAAACUCAUCUAAGCGUGAAUAUGCUUAGGGAUAACAUCCGGAGCCACCUUCAAGGAAGUCGGUGUUUGCUUGUUCUAGAUGAUGUGUGGGACAGAAGGGUAAAAGAAUUGAUUGUUUCUCAGAAUUUCAAGGUUAUGAUUUCAACGCUAAUAGUAGGAAGCUAUUCUUCAUGCAAGCAUUCCAUAAAGACGAAAUUGAGUCUUUCAGAGGACCUGAAGAAAAUAGCCGAAGACAUUGCAGACAAGUGCUCGGGAUUGCCAUUAACUCUGAAGACAGUAGAAAGAUCCAUGGCAAACGUCAGACGGAAUCCCAAUGAGUGGGAACCCAUGCUGAACCGGCUAAAGCAAUUCGACACAAUCACGGACGACGUUCUACCGACUAUUAGGUUAAGUUUCUAUGCUCUGCCUCAUUAUCUUAAGCCUUGUUUCCUUUUUUUCUCUGCAUACCCGGAAGAUAAUAGAAUGGGUUGUGAGUACCUAGUACAAGUAUGGAUUGUGGAAGGAUUUGUUACUCCUGAUGAAACACAAGAUCCAUACGAGUUUGGACGAUCUUAUUUGAAACAGCUCGUUAAUCGUUGA